AUGAAGCUUCCCGCCUUUCUCUUGUUGGUGGUGGCACAGCUCAUUUGGACAGCGUCCUCGUCGCCGGACAGUUUGCUCGGCAAGAAAAGUAGUGGUGGUGGAAACAAAAAGGCGAAGGAGGCUAAAAAAGCACCCCAAGGGCUCCACAAAAAGGUAGUGCCCCCUGGAAAAACCGUCAAGCAGGUUACCGCUUCAAGCGAACUCAAGGUUGUUGGUGAUCUUACCUUCGGAGAACCCAUAGUGUUUCCUUCUCCCAUGUUUGAGGGUGAAGAAAUCACCUACAGGAUCCCUGCAGCCGAAGAAGACAUGGCUCUCACCUGUAUUCUCUCUGGCCCCGAAGAUUCCGGCGAUGCCGACCUUGCGACCCGCUAUGAAGACGAGACCGAAGAAGACUGUUCUUCAGUCGGUGUUGAUUCGAAUGAAGAGUGCUUUUCACUCAUCCCACAAGGACAAGCUAUUUUGGUGACUGUUAAUGCGUUUCUCGAAAGCUCUGAUGUGGUGCUUUUGUGCACUGCACGCCCUAUAGAAGAGCUGACAUUUGGAGAGGAUACCACCCUCACCUUUGACACGAGAGAGCUCAUUGGAUUUUCCUAUGCACCUCAAGGUCUUGAGAACGUACAAUGCACAACUACUGUUCCAGGUACUGGUGGUGUCGAAGGUGACCUUGACUUGACCAUGUUCAACCUAGAAGACCUUCGUAGUGGUGAAGUCCUUGGCCGGUGUCAAUCAUCCACAUCAGGCACAGAUGGAUCCGAUGAAUCAUGCAAGUUCGUUACUUUCCCCCCAGCCACUCUUCACAUUGCGAUUGUUCCCUACUCUGAUGAAAAUAAGACGGCAAUAGAAGGGGAUCUCAUACUGCGAUGUGAUUCGAGUCCUGUUGAAGACGUGGUUUUGGGGGUUCGUGCGCCCAACAUGACACUUGCAGAGGGAGAGACUGCUUCCUUCAAAAUUGAAGUGGAAGGACCCUCAAGGGCCUACUGUGUUGUAAGCGCCGCAGUGGACACUGAGGACAAAGACCUUGAUCUUCGAAUGUACAGCCUAUCGGACCUAGACAAUGUCUGCUCUUCAGCCGGUCUAGACUCUCUUGAAGAGUGCUACGUGAUUGUCAAUGAAACCUCAACCAUUAUUAUUGAGGCCUUUAAUUUUCUUGGUAGUGCUCUUGAUGAUUUCCGCCUAAGGUGCUGGGCUGGUCCUGUUGUGGAGCUCGAGCUCGGCGAACCCGUACCAUUGGUGAUGGAUGUAGGCGACAUGUACACAUUCUACUUAUCAAGUUUUGAGACACCAGCGGCAGUUGUCUGUGAGGUCACAAAACCAGAGGCAUUUGAAAAUGACGACUCUCUGGUCAUUGGGUUUGUGUUUGAUGAACUGAUGGACCAAAGGGGAACUCAAGCUCUUGCAACUGGACCCUUUCCUAUUGGCAUGUUCUAUAACGACUCUUUCUUCUUUGAGGUCUUUGCAGUAAGCGAUCCACCCCAGGAUGAUGUUUCUUUUACAUGCACAGCUACAACAGUGGCUACAACACCCCUGACGCUGGGCAUCCCUACACCCUUGGCAGUUGAAGACGGUGAUGUCUUCUUCUUUGAGUUUGAAGUACCUGACGGACCCAGUGAUGUUUUCUGUGAGACGGUUGUGAUUGAGGGGAAUGAGACUGAUGUUGACCUGGCCAUGACUCCAAUUGUGCUAAACUACACCAAAGUCCUCAGUCAGGCAGAUAUCUUCUCAAACAACACCCUCAUCUGGCCAUGGGCAUAUGCAGGCACAACAUUCCAAGUGGCCCUGCAGGAAUGGGACAGCUCCAAAGAUAUCGACCUGCUGUGUGACACAGUUCCUUUGGAUCAACUGGAGCUUGAUGUUCCUGUUACACUUUCUUCUGAAGACUUGACUGGACCCAGGAUGCCAUUCUUUCUUCUUGAUGCAUCCUUUGAAGCUGAUUUUGUGGGCGAAGGCAAGGUGUUCUAUUUGACGGAUGUGGCUGGCAUGGACUUGAACUGUUCCCUAGAGGCUGCUAGUAAUGUGGAAUUGGAUUUGGUGGUUUCUGAAGUUGCUGCCGAUGGAAGUCGCUCUAUAAGCUGUGGAUCCAGCUCUCUUUACAAUGUUGGUUGCCUUGCAUUUCUCAGCAAUACAACCGAGUAUGUUUUUGCUGAGAUUAUUGCCAGAAACAUCACUGGCCCUGAUAACGAAAUGACGCUGAGCUGCUCUGAGGCUGUCUUUUUUGAUUUUGAGUUUGGCACUGAUGCACCAGUCGACGCUGAUGCACCUGUUAGCUUUGAUGAAAGUAUGUUGCCAGGUGAAGAUAGCGAAGAUGGGUCAGCUGUCGAUGUGGAACGUACUGGAGCCUCUCCACCUGGAAGGAGAUUGGGCCAAAGCUUCUCCCUGGAUGACUUCCACAAAGAAGGCUAUUAG